AAUGCGUUGCAACCAAGUUUGUUUGGUUUGUUUUCGUCAAAAUAAUCACACUAAAUGUGCUUAAGAGAUUCUCCCGUUACAUCAUUCGAUUUCGAAAAAUUAAGAAAAAAUGCCGAAAAAACGUCCACAAGUGCACUGUGCAAGUGAAUUGGAACCACAAAAGAAACAAUUUCAACUGAAUUUUUCAAGUAACAUUUUACCAGAGUUUGUUGUUGAUAAUGUGGAAAUUAAAACCGAGCCAGUUGAAUAUGAUUACGAGCAAAUGGAAUUUCCAACAACAAAAAUAUACACUGAAAAUGAUGCAAAUAAAGCUGCAGUUGAAGCGGAGUCUGGAUUGAUAUCACAGCUUGAGAUUAUAAAAACAGAACCCGAUGUAGAUGAAGCAACCAUAAAUGCAUUUCGUGAAGAAAUGAUGCAAAUUGCAAAUGAAACGGAGAGCAAGAAUAAAAGUAUUAAAAAAUUGCCAUCGAAAAAACCGAAGACAAAAAAGAAAGAGAAAAAAUCUAGCGAGAAUCGGAACAAGUCUAAGAAAUACACUGAACCAAAGCCAUUGGAAAUUGAACGAGAUGGAGUCAAAAUGGUGAAGUGUCUGUAUUGUGAUUUUGAACAAACCACUAGGAAUAGAUCUCUCGUGAAGGAACAUAUGCGAUCACAUACCGGCUAUGCACCACAUGGAUGCAGACAUUGCAGAGAAAGAUUUUUCACGCGUGCUUUGCUUAUAUGUCAUGUAAAAACCGACCAUAAAACGAAAAAAGUUUACAAAUGUCCAUUGUGUAGAGUGAACUUUUUCAAGAAAAAGGAUUUUGAGGACCAUAAAUUGAAAUGCGUCAGACUACGCACAUUUGAAUGUCACCUGUGCAAAGAAACAGAGAACCGUGUGCACAUGCAUAAGAUAAAAUCACACAUGCAACGCUUGCAUACAGGUGAAAGAACGUUUCAAUGCAAACAUUGCAACGAAUGGUUCUUAACAAAGUGUAGUCUCCGAACUCAUAUGCAACACCAUCCCGAAAUAAUGCCAUUCAAAUGUUCACGAUGCAAAUUUCUUUUUGCUACCGAAGAGUCAAAGAUAAAACAUGAGAUUACUUGCCUUAAUAGAAAUCGCUUCGAGUGUCAUUUAUGUAAAUAUUCCUAUCCAAAAUUAUCCUUCGAAAUGCUGCAAAUGCACAUGAGAAAACAUACUGGUGAAAAACCGUAUCAAUGUACGCAUUGUUUCAAAUUUUAUCCACGUCCUGAGGCGUUAAGCCACCACAUGCAACGCCAUCGAGAAUUAUUCAACUUUGCAUGUUCACGAUGUCAUCGUCGUUGCUUGAAUUCAGCCGAGUUAGAAGAGCACGAGGGAAAAUGCCGCAAACGCCGUUACGAAUGUCAUCUAUGUCAGUUCACGAAGUUUGGCUUGAGUUUCAAUAAGUUUCGACGCCAUUUCGAUUUGAAACACGUUGGAGAACGGUAUGCAAAAUGCAUGGCCUGCCCACAGUCAUUUUCAUCAAAUAAAAUAUUGGCGCGUCAUUUCCACGACAAGCAUCCCCAUUUACUCUCAUUAGUCUGUCCAAAUUGUCAAAACUGCCGUUUUGCAACUAGAGCUCAGAGAAAUGCACAUUUUACAUUGUGUUUUGUACGUCGAAUGGAGUGCUAUAUUUGCAAAUUAACAUCGAAAAACGCAAAAACACUAAGAAGUCACAUGGUUACAAAACACACGGGAGAGGCAAAAUUCCAUUGUAAACUGUGCCCAAGAAAAUUUAAGACCAAAAUCAAUUUAAAAAUACACACCAAAUCUCAUACGAAAAUCGGAUUGGUGAAGUGCAGUUUUUGUAGCAAACAAUUUUCGGACAAUAAAUACAAAAAGAAACACGAAUUUCAAUGUAAACGAAUGUAUGAGUGCUACUUGUGUAAGACGACGUUUCCAUCGUUUGCCAUCUUGCAUGUAACUCAUAUGCGUACACAUCUGGGAUAUAAACCGUAUGCAUGUAAGCAUUGCAACAAAAGAUUUGUUAGUAUCAGGACGUAUAAUAUGCAUGUUAUAGAAAAACAUCUUCAUCAGUACAAGUUUAAAUGCAAAUGUGAUGGCAUCAUCGUUGAAAAUAAAGAUGUUAACAAACAUAGGAAAUUCUGCCUAAAACCAACUCGCCAAGCAGUCGGCAUCGUUUACUUUAAAUGUGGACUGUGUUCAAAGAAGUUACCACGAGUUCCUGAUCUUCGUAAACAUAUUCUAUCUUCCGAAUGUGCCAAUCAUCCGCCAAAAUCCAAAUUGAGACGGCCUAAGUCUAAGUCUAUGUCUAAAUAAUAUGUUAUUUACUUUAUUUUCAAUUUCUCUUUAUUCAAUAUAAAGGAAAGAUCAGUUUUAUUUGGGCUUAGUACAAUCUUAAUUUUUAGAAAUUUCGGAUCUUUUACAAAAAAAAAACUGGCAAACAAACAUACAUGACAUUUUUAAUUUCAUUUCGAAUUUAAUUUAUUAUUAAGAUGCAUUCGUCGUUCAUGUUAGUUUAGUGCAUUUU